AUGGUCCCACAUCCAAGAUCGGGAUCAUUCUCUCCGUAUCCUUCGCAAACAGUGCAGACCGGGGCUGGGCACUCGCCCCAUCCAUCGCAAUCCGCCGCCUUGAGUGCGGGCGCAAGUCCAAGUACGAGUAGUCCGACAGGGCCCAAUCCCGUGGUCAAGAUCGCCGUCGCUCAGGUCUACCUCCUUUUAGGAGCUAUCAAGGAGGACAAGGACCGCGCCAAGUGGGAGACGCAGGCAGAGCAAUUACGAAAGCUCAUCGAUGAACACGGAAUGGAGGUCUUCGCCAAGUACUUCACACGCCUCGUCGCGGCUCAUGCUGCACACAUCUUCCAUGGUCAACCACGCCCCGGAGGCAACGGCAAUUUCCACCUGCUCGCGAACGAGAUGAAGAAGAUUUCCCAUGAUGUGAAUCAGGCCAACAAGAUUGCCGAGUCCAUCGAGACUGGCACAGAAGAUAUAUUCCGCGACUUUGACAUGUCAACUUUCAUGGAGGCUUUCAAGCUAGAUGCCUUGGAGAAAACGAUACUCGCAUUGGCUUUCAAGAUGGGAUCAAGGUCUGACCUCAAGACCAAAGCGGAUGCUAUCCUCUCAACCAACUUUCCCACCUUCGUCAACAUUCUUAACCAGCGAGGUCACGAUGAACAUGCAGACCUGACUGAUACCUUCAUCGCCAUGCUUGUCGAUCGCUUCAUCCAAUAUCAACCUCCCAAUCUCAACGCCGCUGCGAAGGUUGAACUCACCUAUAAGGUACUGGCUAGAUGGCAGGAUGCCCAACCGCCACCGCCAUCUGAGGUUCUUGCCGCUCUAGAUCUUGUCAGGGUUCUAGCAGACAAGCCACCGAAUGCGCUGGCCACCUACAUUCAGAGAACUGGGUUUGGUUUUACCCGGGACGAGGAGGCGUGCGUUUCUUACCUGCAGACUCGCCCUCAACAAAUUCAACUGAGUGAGGAGCAGGUAUCGAUGGCCCUUAUCUAUGCCACGAUCAGUCAGACACCACAGUACGACCCGUCCGUCCUCACCGCAGCUCUCCGCCGAGUCCUACCAGCCUCAUUCCGAUGGCAGGACGUGGUAUCGUACUUUGACCAUAGAUCUACGCGGGUUUCGUCUCGACAGUUCCUCCGUCUCUACAAUGCUUUGCUGCCGAUUGCGCGGGAGGAUGCAGAAUUUGAUAUUCAGAAACUGUGGGGCGGCAAUUGGGAAAACCCGGAAACACAACUUUCGUUCAUAUGCGCUUUUGCCUCUCUUCAGCCUGAUCAAUUAGACGCCAGCUCCAUACCGGGCUUGGUGCCGACUCUGACUCUGGAUACCUAUGCGCAAUCAUCACCAGAAGUUCAGCAACGGGCAGCUUUUGCUGUCAAACAUGCCUUGGUCUCCGUGGAGGCACUAUCUGCGGUGUUCCAUGUCGCACUUCAUUCGGUACAUGCUUCACAGAGCGUGGAAGCUAAGCGACUUUUUCAAGAAGUUGUGGUUCCAAACCUGGAUAUUUUUGUUGUCUCCGCGUUUGGAGUACCAAAGCCCUGGCCCACAAUGGCCGUCGACACUCUGAACUCACUGUUUGAGAGUUUUCUCUACAAACGUUCGACUGAAUACGACUUCGUGCUUGACAGCCUGUGGAAAAAAGACAAGGAAUGGGUGAUUCAACGGUUGAUCGAUGCGCAUGCGAUCAAACCAACCGAUCUUCCCCUCAUCUUCGAACACGCUCUCAAGCACAAGUGGUUGGACGAAUUGGUGUACUUGCCGAAUGGCUUUGGCUUAGAUCUCGCGGCUCUUGCGCAUGCCGAGAAGUAUCUUGACCUCACGAGCUGGGCUCGUCGUAACGCUGAGAGGAGCAAUGAGAUUGCGCGAUCGCUGUUGCAAUUCUUGCUGAUCAAGGCCAACCUUGAGUUGCAGUUUCAGCGCCCUCCCGACGGACAACCGCAUGUCAAGUCCAGCACAACGCUGCAGGUCAGAACUGUUGCCGCUUUUCUCCAAAUCCUAGAGGAUUUCCUUCCCAAGACACCACUUCAGGACCUCAUCAUGGUUCAACGCUCUUGCAUCACUGUCUACCCAAGGCUGAUCAACUAUGGUGAAGGCUUCGAUGACAUCAUUGAUGCUAAUGGGAAGGACGGUAAUGCUUUGCCCUCUGCCGCCAACAGUAAGAUGGAGGAGCAUUACAAAAAGAUGUACGGUGACGAGAUACAAGUGCGAAAUAUCGUCGAAAUCCUCGAUCGAUACAAGCACUCUCGCGAGGCUUUGGAUCAGGACGUGUUUGCCUGCAUGAUUCACGGCUUAUUUGACGAGUACUCGCAUUACGUCGAUUACCCAUUGGAAGCGCUUGCAACGACUGCUGUUCUCUUCGGCGGUAUCAUUUCACACAAGCUGAUUUCCGAUCUUCCCCUUAAAAUCGGUCUUGGGAUGAUCCUAGAAGCGGUGAGAGAUUACAUGCCGGAGGACUCGAUGUACAAGUUUGGCCUACAGGCUUUGAUGCAACUUUUCUCUCGCUUUCGGGAAUGGCCGGGAUUUUGCAGGCAAUUGCUGCAGAUCCCUGGCUUGCAAGGCACUGAGGCAUGGAAGAAGGCUGAAGACGUUGUGCGGGAUCAUGAAGACGAACUUGCCCGAUCGCGCAAUGGCACAGCAGCGCCUGCUCACAGAUCCUCAGUUAGCGCUGAGCCACUUACAAAUGGCAACACAUCCGAAGGGCGAACUGCAGAGCGCCAGCCGCCGCCCUUCAUUUCUAUUAAUGCCACAGCACGCUCGCCUGGCGUCGACUUCGAAGAGCCGUCAAGCGACACUCAGGGCAAGAUUCAGUUUGUCCUGAACAAUUUGACCGAGACUACUCUUCAAUCGAUGUGCAAGGAACUGCGAGACAUUCUCGAGCAGCGUCACCAGCAGUGGUUUGCCAGUCAUCUUGUCGAAGAGCGUGCAAAGAUGCAACCAAAUUAUCACCAGGUGUACCUUGAAUUGGUGAAGCUCUUUGAGGAUAAGGUUCUGUGGUCUGAGGUGUUGAGAGAGACGUAUGUUAGUGUCGCACGCAUGCUCAAUUCUGAGGCUACAAUGCAGAAUUCAACCGAGCGAUCUCACCUCAAGAACCUUGGCGGCUGGCUGGGACUUUUGACCCUAGCGCGCGACAAACCGAUCAAGCACAGAAACAUCGCCUUCAAACAGUUGCUCAUUGAGGCUCAUGAUACGAAGAGGCUGAUUGUAGUAAUUCCGUUCGUCUGCAAGGUCCUCAUACAAGGCGCAACUUCAACCGUCUUCCGCCCGCCCAACCCUUGGCUAAUGGAUAUCAUCCACCUGCUCAUCGAACUGUACCAUCAUGCGGAACUCAAACUCAAUUUGAAAUUCGAGAUCGAGGUCUUGUGCAAGGGGCUCAAUCUUGAUCACAGAAGUAUCGAGCCUUCGGGGGAAAUUCUCAAUCGCGCUGUGGUAGAAGAAACCCAAGAGCUACUCCCACAAGAUACACUGGAGACUUUCGAGAGCCUAUCACUCAACGGCAUCACCACUGGAGUCACUGCCACCCUCUCGCCCCAGGUCGCUGCAGCCUCGAUACCGGACCUCGGACCUCUCAUCCACAUCCCGCCCACGAAUGAGAUGGUGGUUACGGCUACUCGACUUCAUGAAAUUGUACGCACCGCUCUGACGCGAGCACUACAAGACAUUAUACAGCCUGUUGUGGAUCGAUCCGUUACCAUCGCUGCCAUUUCCACGCAGCAGAUGAUCCACAAAGACUUCGCGACAGAGCCAGAUGAGAACAGGGUCAGAACAUCGGCAAUCAACAUGGUCAAGGCUACUGCCGGCAGCCUAGCCUUGGUGACAUCGAAGGAGCCCCUGAGAGCCAAUUUUACAAAUUACAUGCGAAAUUUGUCCAACGAUCUCCCUCAGGGCCUCCCAGAAGGCACCAUCAUCAUGUGCGUUAACUCGAAUCUGGACCUUGCCUGUAACAUUAUCGAAAAACAGGCCGAAGAAAGAGCUAUUCCAGAGAUCGAGGAAAUGAUUGAGCCCGAGCUAGAAGCGCGACGUCGUCAUAGGGCGCAACGGCCUGCCGACCCGUAUGUGGAUGCUUCUCUUAGCCGAUGGGCUUGGACUAUUCCAAACCCAUUCAAGUUGUCGCCUAGUAUGGGAGGUUUGAACCCUGAACAGAUGGCAAUUUACGACGACUUUGCCCGUCAGCCUCGGACAACCACAUCCAAUGCCCCUUCCCAUGUUCCGUCUGCCUCCGAUGCGACACGUUCGCUCGCCAACGAGGUCCUCCAAGAGCAGUUCUCAGCUAUACCCAGUCUCGCAGCUAGCUCGGAGACACCGGCUGUGCAGCAUAUCAACCCUCAACUUCAGCCGCAGUACGGUCCCGUCCAUAGCGGAAACAUGGCGAACGCGAGGCCGCAGACGUUCCAGAUGGAUGGUCGCGCCUUGGUUGAGCGCGUCCAGAAGUUACUUUUGGAGCUCCAACGUGUGGCGACAGAAGCCCGCGAGGAGCAUUUCGCCGAUCUGCCCAGGCCCCAUCCUGUUCUUGAUGUGGUGGACGCUUUGGUACAGCAUAUGAUCAAGGCCUCGCAGACAUCUGAGGAAUUCGCAAUUUUCGCUGCAGACCAGAUCAUUCAGCUCGUCUUCAGCCCAAUUGAUGACAAUCUCGCCCUCGAGAGCCUGGUACACGUCUUGGAAACAUUGCGAAAAAUCUCAGGUCCAUCACUGAACAACAGAGUGACAGCAUUGUUCCGACAGCAACCUGGCACCUCUUUCUUCCAUAUUCCCCUAUUGGCUGCGUUGUUGCGCACCGAUCUUCUGGACUGGAGGAAUAUCGAUACGUCAAUGGCCAAGGCACUGCAGGCAAGAAAGGAAGGUUCGCUCGACUUUCUGGAGCAGAUGAUUGAUCUCACUCUCCUUGGCAAUCGGCCGCUCGCACUCUAUGGAGACUUUGUCCUCACGCUUGAGGCUGCUUGGGCGUGGAUUCAAGAAGAUUCAGAGUCCGCCGUGGCACAGCGACUCAAAGUUAAACUAUCCGGACAAGCCAUGCCACACUUCGAGCAACAAGAAGGUGGAGUCGCGCUGCAACAGGACCAGAUGGAGUACAUUUUCGACGAAUGGAUCCAUCUCUGCAAUAACCCAAACGCGUCAGAUAAUUCAGCCGUUAUGUUUGUGCAGCAGAUGCAGCUGAGAGGCAUUGUCGAGAGCAAAGACGAUCUAUUUCUCUUCAUUAGAGUUGCCACAGACUUGUCAGUGGAUCGAUUUGAGCAUCUUGUUCACUCUACCGGUACUCUGACCGAUGCGUUCCUCGCCGUUGAUGCUCUGGCCAAGAUAAUCAACGUCUUCAUUAGGUUGCACAGUGCACCUGAGUCAACGGUUGCUCUCAGCCGAGCAGUUUAUCUCGACUCGAUUCUGGCCCUGAUUACGCUGGUCCUCAAUCAUCACCACGUACGACGUGCCGAGCACUUUAACCAGAGAGUGUUCCACCGUCUGUUGUCCGUGCUGUUCUACGAGGUCAAUUCGACGGCUGAGCAACUUCCUGAAGAAGAGAGGUCUGAAAUCUUUCUCAAAUUUGGCUCCAGACUCGCCGAUCUUGGCCCCCGAUACCUUCCCGGCUUUGUCUUCGGGUGGCUGUCACUUCUGCAGCAUCGGGUGUUUUUCCCUGGCAUUAUGAAGGACCGCAAUGGCUGGAUUGUCUUCACCAGACUACUUCAACUGCUUUUGGAGCACGUCGGAGAACAGGUCAAGGCGAUAGAGCCGUCAAAUGUGGCUAGAGAAAUCUACCGUGCCACCCUGAAGCUGCUUGUAAUCUUGCAGCACGACUACUCGGAAUAUCUUGCAGCGCACUCCCAUCAGCUUGCAGCCACAAUUCCCCCGCAUUGCAAGCAACUCCUCAACGCCAUCUUGACAGCAAAUCCGGCUGCUCACCUCAAGAUGCCAGAUCCUCUAUUCCCGGGACUGCAAGUUGAUCGUAUGGAUGAGAUUCGGGAAUCACCUGAAAGCCUUGACAACUCCACAUACCAACUGCGGGAAUGGGGACUUCUUGAAGUGCUCGAUCAUGCGCUGCACAAUGGUCCUUCCGAAGACAUGUUGGCACACGUUGCCCGGGCCAUAGUCGACAGCCAAUGUACGGAGACAGGUUUUGGCCAUGUGCCUAUUCACGCCAACCUGAGGGUCAUUGAUGCUGUGACCUUGCACCUGGGCAACCAUGCGGUCGAACAGGCGACGCAGAAGGGCACCGAUGUUUUCAACCCCGCCUCCUCAGAUGUGGCUAUUCUGUUUAGGCUGAUUCACGAGCUACCUCCCGAAGCCCGUUACUAUCUUAUCAUGAGCAUCAUAAAUCAGCUCCGAUUUCCCAACGCUCACACCAACUACUUUAGUCGGGUCCUUUUGGAGGCUUUUGUUGGGUACAAAAAGGAUCCAGAGGAACCAGAUAUUCAGCAACAAAUCAUUCGCGUGCUGUGGGAGCGCCUCAUCGGAUUCUGGCCCCAGCCGUGGGGUCUGAUGGUCACUGUUGUCGAGCUGCUCAAGAAUGAUAAGUACAACUUCUUUGAGCUUCCAUUCGUCAAGUCAACCCCUGAGAGGGCAUGA